UUGGCUAAUCCAGAUUUGGGGAUUAGUUCUGGGUGGUUAGGUUCCAGUCCCCUCCCGAUUGUUGUUGUGGGGGAUUGAUCACGAGUCCUCCCUACCAAGUGUAGUCUCAAUCACCACUACACCAACAACCAAUUGGUUAAACUCUAAUAGUCUAAUGUAAUUAAUUCUAUGCAUAUAUAUAAACUAUAUAUAAGUACAUAUCUUUAAUUUACAAACUCAUAAUAAUAUUUAUGACUCAACUCACUUAUAUAUAAAGAACAAAAUAACAACUUGACUCUAGCCUUACUCAUCUAUCUCUACCGCCAAGAAAAAAUAAUUAUUACAAGAAAUUAAGAAAAAUAAAAUGUCCACUCUUGUUACUACCCUUAUCUUUUUGGUAUAUUCUUUCCUAGCGAUGGCUUCAUCAACCAAACAAGACCUAAAGAUGGUUCAAUUGGCUCAAACCAUGGUUCUUCAAGCCAAGUAUUGGGAUCAAUCAUCAUCAUUUGAUGAUCCUUCUUUGUUCUUAGGCCACUAUCACCAACUUGACGGCGGUCAUCAAGGGGGCUUAAGCUAUAACGAUAGCAAGAAUGAGUCGACGACUUUAUCCAUUGGUCGUGGUCAUGGUCAUGGUCAUGGUCGUCAUCACAAGAGUGUUCAAGGUAGCUUAAACAACAAGGACAACACCGAUAACAAUUAUAUUAAUAACGUCUAUUAUGCCAAUAAUAAUAAAAACUCUAAAAAUAAUUAUAAAAUUAAAAUGGCUAUGAUCGAUUGUGCUAAGCUAUAUGAUCAAGCUGAGUCAGGGCUCGGUCGUUUAGUUGAAAGAGAUGGGAAAUUUAGCCAUGAUGACGCGUUAGCAUGGCUAAGUGGUGCAAUCACAAGCCAUAGGACUUGUUUGGAUGGACUAAAAGAGAAAGGUGUACGUGAAGAACUUCAUCCUAUAUCGCAAAAUUUGACCAAGUUAUUAUAUGAAGCAUUGGCUUUUCAUGCAAAGAAACAAAGGUUUUGGAAAAGAUCAAAAGUAAGGGCACAAGGGAGGCCAAAAGGAAAACCAUUUGUGGGAAGAUUAAUGUCCUGGAAGCCGGCAACUUCGAGGGCAGAUAUCGUGGUGGCGAGAGACGGCUCAGGUAAUCACCAAACCAUCAACAAAGCAGUGGAUGCAAUAGACAAGAUAAAAAACAGAGGAGAAAGCAGAGUAAUAGUGUAUGUAAAAGCAGGAGUAUAUGAUGAGAUAGUUGAAAUUCCAAGGCACCUAACUAAUGUCAUGUUUGUUGGAGAUGGCAUGGGUAAAACUGUGGUCACUGGUCGUAAAAAUGUCGUUGAUGGCGGAACCACUGUCAAUUCCGCUACAUUCAGGGUAUUCGGCGAUGGAUUUUGGGCAAAGGACAUGACAUUUGAGAACACGGCAGGACCCCAAAAACAUCAAGCAGUGGCAUUGAUGGUAGCAUCAGAUCACUCCCUCUUCUAUCGAUGCAGCUUUCUAGGAUACCAAGACACACUCUAUGUUCACUCUCUUAGGCAAUUUCACCGCGACUGCCACAUAUAUGGCACAAUAGACUUUAUAUUUGGUAACGCGGCUGUUGUGUUACAAAAUUGUGACAUCUUUGUUAGAAAGCCUAUGAAGCACCAGAAUAAUAUGAUCACAGCCCAAGGGAGGGAGGACCCGAAUGAGAACACAGGGAUCUCAAUCCAUGGGUCACGAAUACAACCUGCACCAGAGUUUGUAGACCUAAAGCGAUCUUUCAAGACCUUCCUAGGGAGACCUUGGAAGAAGCAUUCAAGAACAAUUGUUUCUACAACAUACAUUGAUGGGUUUAUUCAUCCAAGAGGUUGGACUAAUUGGGAAGGGAAUUUCGCCCUCUCAACAUUGUAUUACGCCGAAUACAUGAACACAGGCUCCGGGGCAACAACUCUAGGCCGGGUAAAGUGGCCCGGGUUUCACGUCUUGCAUCAUCCUAAGGAGGUUGAUCCCUUCAUGGUAAGAAAUUUUAUCCAAGGUGAAUUUUGGAUUAUGAAGACUGGUGUUCCCGUUUGGCUUGAAAUUUGAUUAAAGCAAAUCCAUGGUGGUUUUCCUUCAUUAACGAAGAAUAAUGGGUUCAUCCUUUUGGAAAAAAAUAAAUGUUUAGCUAAUUACAUCUAUCAUAUAGAAUUCCAUAGCAUAAGUUCCAUGUAUCUAUAAGCAAUAUGUAAGUAACUUUUUCCAUUUAUCAUGAAAUACAAGGUUUAUAGAAAUUAAACAUCCUACUUGUAUUACAAUUCUACAAAUCAAAAUCCACUGUCAACUUAUUUUCUUACUAAAAUAAACAAAUUACGUAGUAUAAUGUUUAUUGGUUGA